AUGCGGCUUUUGGUCGGCCUUGCGCCCGGUUGCGCAGGCUAUUUGGUGAGGUGCAGCCUGGACACGUCCCAGGACUCAGAAGGAAGCUGCUGCAGGCGUGCCUUUCAUGAGACCUGGCACUACAACUUCGACAAGCUCCUGGAAGGCUGCGCGGCGGCGGCGGCGAUCCAUGGUGGGCCGAGGCCGGCGUUCCACGUGCGGUGGCAGCUCCAUCAAGGCCAGGCGCACUGCCUGGUGGAGGACUGCGAGGAGUGCCCGCGCCUGGUGAGCCCCGCAGCGGGCUGGGACUCCUAUGCCUCCCAGGAGCUUUGCCCUGGAGGUUCAAUGCUGAUCAUUGGCGACUCCUUCUUGAAAAGUGUGGACGAGGAGUUCAUGGUCACCUUCGGUGCCCAUCUGCUGCGCCCGGACCAGAAAGUGGAAUCCCUGCGGGCCGAGUGCUCGGAGGAGACGCAGCGCUUGGUGGCCCGCGUUUGCUUCUCCGGGCACUGCGACGAGUGGAGCAAGUACGCCAUGCCCCGGUGCCGCAUUUUCCUGGGCAGCCCGUACAGCGUGAAUAGUAUGGACUUCUUCACCGGGCAUGCCUGCUCCGACAAGGGACGGCUCCUUUGUCCGCCAGGAGUGCCGUUGGCCUUGGAGGUGAAGCUGAAGGCGGGCUCGCGGUCUGCGGGCCUGUGGGCUGCCAUGAUGGAGGGCCUGCUGCCGGGGCUCAUCGCAGCCCGGAGGACCAUCACGGGCAUGCUGCAGGACGGCUACACGGGCGCGGUGCUGGAGCGCUACUGCCACGAGUGGCUAGAACAAGACAGCUUCCGCCUGGGCUGCCCCAGGGAGACGUGGGUAGGCACUGCAAACCGCAUCAUUGGGAAGUUCCUGCAUGACAGGGCCUCGCCCAAGCUGGGUCUGCCGAUGCACCUGUGCCCCACCUGCUGCGCGGAGGGCGCCCAGCGCCUGCGGGUGGUCUUCCUGCGGAGCCCCUUCGCCAGGCUGGUUAGCUACUUCCAAGAGUGGCAGCCGAAGGCAGGCAAGAUGCCGUUCAGCUCCUGGGUGGAGGAGGUGCUGGCCGAGCAGCCGAACCGCUCCCUGAUCCGCGAGAGGGACGAGCAGCACGUGGCCCCGGUGUUCCGAGAGACGCCGAGGCCCGACCAGCUCAUUUUCUUGCUGGAGGAUGUGGCUGGCUCUGUUCAGCGAGUGGAGAAGGAGCUCUGCGCCGGCUGGGGCUUCUGCCUGCCGCUGCCGGGCUUCCCGGGGGGCCGCCAGGGCGCCGGGCAGCGCGCGGCGGGCGCGGCGAACGCGCGCUGGACGCCGGCCCUGCGGCGCCUGGUGGAGCGCCGCUACGUCCAUGACCGAGCCGACGUUUCGGUAAGUGAUGCGGACUAG